AUGUCUGUGCUAGCGGAACAAAUUGGCCGUCUGAGUGCCCAGUUCCACGCUUCGGCGACUGCACUAAAUGUGACCAGAAGCACAGGACAGGAGAUCGUCUCCAUUGAAGAACGGAAGAUCAAAAUCACAAACCUUGAGAGCGGCGCGCACUAUCUGGACAACGUCCUGGAGUUUAGUCCUACGGGGCUUUGUUUGAGCCCCAAUGACGACUUAUUGUGUCUGUACGAUAGCACUCACUGUAGUGUGGUGUCAUUGAACGAGCCAGGCUCCAAAAUUAGUCAUGCUAUUGGAUACUCUGUCCGUAUCAACCUACAACACAAAGAAAACAUUGUGCAAAUUGUAUUCAACAGGAUAUCGCAGUUUGGCGCCGAACUGGUGAUUUUGACUACUGACGCCAUCUACAACUUCGAUCUCAACUCGUCGCUGACCAAACCUACCCACACGUACUGGCUCAGGACAGGCUCGCCGUUCGCCAGCACAGACUCUGUCGACGUAAUAGAUCCGGUUUCUCUUGCGUUUGGCUCAAAUACAGAUACCGUUAACCCGCGCGGCGACCUGACGCUGCUGAUUUUGUCCUCAGACUCGUCCAUCUACAAGAUCUACCCAUAUCUUCCGGCCAACAUCGCUGUUUCCUCGUCGUGGUUGGGUGCGUUGUUUGACUACGCAAGUCUCAAGUACAACGCCAGCGGCGCAGAAGACCUGUCCACGGUGUCGAUGCUGAAAUUUGCAUCGCUUUUGUCGCAGUCGAACGGCCAUGUCCGUGCCAUAAAUAAGGUUCUUCCUUCAAGUCUCAGCAGAGGAAAGCUGGUGGGGCCUUUGAACAUCCAGCCAUUCCCAGACGAGCUUUACGAGCAGGACGCGCUGAAACUGAUUCCAAUGGAAAACGACAUGUUCUGUGUUCUGUACAACAAGGCUCUGGCGGUGCUCUUUGACGACCAGGAUCAGCCCAUGGCCUUUGAUGGCCAGCGGGCCCCAGACUCUGUUGGCGUCGUCAGAAUGGUCGACUGUUCGCUGUUUGGGUCCAAAACUAUCACCAGCGGCAUGGUGCUGCCAAAUAAGCCCACGUCGUUGCUCCUCACGUCCUCCGAGUCAGACCUGCUCCAUGCGGACUUUGCCGACUGGUGGAACAUCCUUGCAGACAGCAUUGCCUCCAACGACCUCUCUGCACUAAGCGAUCUACUGAAAAGGCAGUUGCCAACCAAAGUCACCAGUCUGGGCAAAGUCAAGCUUCCAAACACGGCCUCCAUAAACAAAACAGCCUCGUUCCAGUACACUGUCCCCCACGCUACAGCAGAACACAAGAUCGCAUACGUAUGGAGCUAUACCCACUCGUACGCAUUUGCCGGAUCGUCUGUUUUUGAGGUGUGUGCUCCCGCACAGCCAUCUGCCCCUCUGGACACCGAGCUGGCUCCUCAGGAUGUUUAUGAAAAAUACGAAACUCUGGAUUUAAAUUCACAGCUGACGGCCACCAAAACGACACUGGCCAAGGUUCAGAAACAGCUAUACGCCAUGAACUCCAACCAGCCGCUCACUACAGACACGAGAAAUCUUAAGUCUCUGUAUAAGGCUCGAGAGCUCAUCACCACCGGGCUAAUCGCGGUGUUCAACGACGUGGCGUUGUCGAACAGAAAGCUGCAGCAGAUGCGUAGCCAGUUUUUGGUGCAGAUCGCCACGCUCAACGAGGCAGAACUCAACAGACAAGAAAGACUCAAAAGAUACGAAAGCUCGAAACGGAAAUUGGAGGCGCUGGCCAGCAAGCAAGCGGAGUUACAAAAAAGAGUUUCCGAAUUUGCGGCCACCAUGGAAAAACUCGAAAUGCAAACCUCCAACCACGCAAACGAAACGCUUUCCAGGAAAGAACAGGCCUACAAAAGACAGCUCGAAAGACUCCAAAAAUUGAUUGCCGAGAAGCAGAACGAUUUCCAGGCUGUGCAGGAGUAUGUGGAGUCGUUGAAGGACAUGGAGGUGGUAAGCGCGUCGCUGCCGUCUGGCUACUCGCGCGAGGUUGCCCGGAUGAAGGCCAAGUUGGAGCUGAGGACGAACCUGAUCGAAUCGCUUACUCAGGAACUGAAGAGUACAAGUAUUUAA